GCCUGGCCUUGAAUGCCUGCAGGGAUGGGGCAUCCACAACAUCAAACUUCCAUCAACAUCCAUUAAUAUCAACCAUGCAAACACCCAGAAGUCAAUUGGAGUGGCUGACUGAAAUCUUCACUGAAUUUGGUGAACGUGCUGUGCAGGUAUUUAGGUAACGUGUGCUAGGCACGCUGCUGAGCAGCUGAGUCAGUGUUAGUGCUCUUAACUUUCAAUUGCUUAGAUGCAUCACAAAUGGAGACUCGGGGCAGAUCUGUGUUGAUGCCUCACAUGCAGCAGUCGUGCUGUUUGUCAGACGCUGAGCCCUUCCCUGCAGCUCAUACGUGUGGGGCAGAUGAUGAAGAGCAGGAAUUGUGCCGAAUGGAACAGUGGGUUUUGUUGUAUGAGCUCCUCACUGCGACUGCAGUAUGAAGCAGACCUUGUAUUGCAUUGCUCCAAAAAAACUGUGUGUGGCGUGUAGGAGAGAAACGGGACAAGACAAUCCGUGACAAUCACAAAUGGAAGAUAUUUAUUAUUGAAUGGCCUUUCUUCACAGUAGCAAUAAAUGACCCAAGUGCAAUGACUUGAUUUAAUAAAGCCCUCUUGUAAGAGUUGCUGCUAGGAGUGCGUUUAGCCAUAAGGAAAUUGCCCUAAUGUGUGUCUGUGUUGUCUUCAGCUCCUGUUAUGUGCUGGAGAGGAGGGCCUUGCUUUGAAGACAUUGCACAGAACAGCUCCCUAAGAGCAGUGUGCUUCUCUGACCUGUUCUGCUGCGCUGUAAAACGAUGUAUGCUCCCCAAACAGCCAAUAAAAUGAGUUCAACCUGUUGACACGUCUGCUCACUUCAUGGUCAGAAACAUUUCCUAUGCCACUGGAGAUGCUCUGUGGGAGGAGGCCGGGUGGAAAAGUGCAUUGCUAUUCAUAUAGCUCACCCAGGAGACACUGUCACUGGGAUUCGCUUGCCAGGUUAUUCUGGCUCCUGAUGCUCAGGAUGUCCCAGUAGCUGGGAGCUGCUGCUGCUUUGUUUGCCUGGUUUGAAUCUUACAAGUGAGUCUGAGAGAAUUAAUUUCUGAGCUUCUCCUAUUCCUUUCUUUUAAUUUUUGGUGCUGCUAAUUGAUCUGACCUUUCUGUGCAUCUCCAGAGCUUGUUUUAAGGUCCCUCUCACCACUCAGUAACACAAGUAGGUGCACACUGGAAUCACUUCUUAAAUACGGAGUGAAGAGUGAAGACUCAGAACGUGAUGUGUUUGGGGAGGGUUUAAAAAUGUGAAGUGUGUAUUCUCAUAUUCUGUAAUGUUCUCAUCUGCCAUUUACAUACAGUUUUGGAAAAAUAAAAUGUGCAGCUGUGUGUGCUUUUUUAUUUGAGCAAUCGCUUUGGAGAUAACAUUUCUCUUUCGCGUUGCUUCCGGAGAAUUACGUUUCUGGUGAGAGUGUUUAAAGUAUUGCAGGGUUUGACUUGGGGUUACUUAGCAAAGUAUAUGUUAAACCUUGAUGAAUGCAAAGCAUUUGUUUACAAGUCGUAAUUUAGCAGAAGUCUCAUUAAGUCUUUCCAAAGGAAAUGGUAAAAAUGGGUCUUUGUGGCUCUGGACUUUGGGCUGUUGCUAAAGCUCUCUGAGGCGUUGCUGAUUGCUUUCCCUGAGCUGUGUCAAAACAGCUGCUCCUCUGUCUUGGGAAACUGAGUUUUGCAAGAGCUGAAGGGCUGAACCACUCCCUUCUGGGUGCCCAGGCACGUCCCUCCAUCCUGAAAAAUGCAGACAGCCCUGACCAGCCUGCAGCGCGAGCCCUGCGUGUUCAGAGCACCCUCCGCACUUGAGGGAGUCACAAUUUGGGUACGUUUCUGAGCCCCGUGGAGCACAGCUUCAUAGCUCUUGGCUUCUGGGAGAAGUGUGUGCAUCUGCUGAGAUACACCAGCCCUCAGAGGACGAUUUGGGCCGAGGAGGUGUUUGAACAGCCAGGGGCUGCCCAGGCAUCGCAGCAAAGCUCCUGGGCGGGUGUGGAUGCCCGGCUGCAGGUACCUGGGGAGGAGGCCUUCAGGCAGCGCGUUGGUUACCUGGUGUUUGGGCCUUUACUUUUGAGUUAAAGGUGUGCUGAGGUGCUGCCCCUGUAAUUCUUUGCCUGGUACUGUGUGGAGUGCGAGGCACUGAGCCUUACCUGGGCUCCUGAUGCGGGCGCUGAGCUGUGCUUGGUUCCUGUUUGAUCCCAAGUGAGACAGCUUGAUUGAGCAGAUCUCUGCAGUACAGUAGAGCAGAAGGUGCUCCCUCCAGGUUCGGGAGCUACGGCUGCUCAGGUGUGACUCACCUGUGGCAAAGAGGCGGCUUGGCGCUUUGUGGGCGCGUCUGUGACUGUCCUGGCUCUGCAUGCAGCACCUCUGCUGUCAUCUGCCGGCCCCGCGGUGUCAACCCAGCAGUUGGGGCAGUGAGAAGGCAGCCUGGUGCCCCGGGUUAUUUCCCCACGGGAAGAGGACACAAAGCGGGGCACGCAGGCAGCCCUGCGCAGCAGCACAGCGGCACGGCCAUGGGCUGGGCGCUCACCGGCGAUGGCUCCAGGGUCCCUGGUGAUGUGAAUUCUCCAUGCAGCAGAACCCGGAGUUCCGCAUAGGGAGAAGAGCAGUGACUGCAAGGCAAUGGAUGUGAGGGCGGCCCUCUGCCUGCUCCUCUGGGCUAUGCUGUUCCCAGCUGCACUACACACUGCUCCUGGGGUCCUCAGUAAGGGAUCCAAGGCUGGUGACCUGCAAGAUGGGUGUAGAGACCUGAUUCCCUGUGAAGACAGCGGAACUCUCUGCAUUCAGGCCUGUUCUCCCUCCUUCCAUGGGGAAACAAGCUUUGUCUGCGAAGACAGAAGGUGGAGAAUGUUCGCAGAUGCCUGUGCAAAUCUGGACGUGCAAUCACUUUUUCAGAGGAUUUCUAAACAGGAACCCCUUCCAAGCUCUGAAGGGCACGUUGGAGGAGGACACUUUCCCUUUGUAGUGCCAGGAAAGCCAACGCAUGGGAAGCCCGGAGAUGGAGCAAAAUAUUUUGGUGCUGAUGACCAUGGGAGAAGUAACUGUCAAGCUGAUUUUUCGUGUAUCAUCCCAGAUAUCUUGUCUUCACCAGCAAUCCCAGGAAAUAUUGCCGAUAUCGUGGAGCUGCUAAAGAAGAUUUCCCUAAUGUUAUCAGAGAACGUAAAUAGAGGAAAAAUGCAGAGUUACAGCAAGAUAGCAAAUCACAUUCUGAACAGCUCCAUUAUUUCCAAUUGGGCUUUUGUAAAGGACAGAAAUGCCAGUUCGACGUUACUGGACUCAGUGAACCUCUUUGCUGGCAAACUUCUUCUAAGGAAUGGAUCGGAAAAUGUUCAGGAGCACUUCAUCUCUACAAAAGGCUUCCGCAUACAUCAAAAUGCUUCAGGGAAGAGCUUUGAUUUUUCAAUGGAAUUGAAUAAGACGAGCAAUGUCAGUGGGCGUGUGGUCAUUCCAGGAGAAGAGCUUCAGAAGUUACCAAAGACUUCCAAAGCGAUCAGCAUUGCGUUUCCCACGCUUGGACCCAUUAUAGAAGCCAGCCGUCUGGACCCUGUUUCUGUGAAUGGGAUGGUUUUAUCUGUGUCCCUUCCAGAAGAGCUUCAGCAUGUUUUACUUACCUUUGAAAAGGUGAAUAAGCUGGAGAAUGUCGGGGCUCAGUGUGUUGGGUGGCACUCUACUGAAAGGAGAUGGGAUAACAAGGCGUGCAAAAUGAAGUCUGACAACAUCAGCAGUGUUGUUUGCAUGUGCAAGCACCGCCGCCGCACCUUCAGAUCCUUCUCCAUUUUGAUGUCUCCCGCCUUGCUGAGAAACGCAGUGCUGGAUUACAUUACAUGUGUGGGGUUAGGCCUUUCUAUUUUCAGCUUGAUUCUGUGCCUGACCAUUGAGGCAGCUGUCUGGCAUCACGUCACGAGAACCGAAAUCACCUACAUGCGCCAUUUUUGUUUGGUGAACAUUGCCACAUCGCUUCUCAUUGCUGAUAUUUUGUUCAUCGUGGCAGCUGUUGUGCAUAACACAGCCCUGAACUACCGCCUGUGUGUAGCAGCCACUUUCUUCCUUCACUUGUUCUAUCUCUCCUUGUUCUUUUGGAUGUUUACCCUGGGUCUCUUAAUUCUCUAUGGAUUACUAUGUUUUUUUAAGAUAACAAGAUCAGUAUUCAUAGUUACAGCGUUCGUUAUCGGAUAUGGAUGUCCGUUAGUCAUAUCUAUCCUCACCGUCGCUAUUACUGAACCAAGGAAUGGGUACUUAAGGAGCGGAGCCUGCUGGCUCAAUUGGUAUGAGACGAAAGCCCUUCUGGCCUUUGCUGUACCUGCUUUGACCAUCGUUGCAGUGAAUUUGGCUGUGGUAGUGGUGGUUGUGGUGAAGACUCCAAGACCCUCUAUUGGAGAAAGCUGCAAGUCACAAGAUUUGAGCAACGUGAUCCGAAUCAGCAAAAAUGUUGCCCUUCUGACACCUCUGCUGGGCCUCACCUGGGGGUUUGGGUUGGCAACAGUGGUUGACAGUCACUCUCUGGCAUUCCACAUUACCUUCGCAUUCCUUAAUGCCUUCCAGGGAUUCUUCAUUCUGUUGUUUGGGACACUUCUGGACAGAAAGACCAGAGAGGCCUUAAGGAAGAACUGCCUUUCGUCAAAGCGGGAGUGCAGUCUAGCGAAGGUAAUGUGUUGUUUCUGUUGUUGUUGUUUUGUUUUUUCUCUUCUGUGGCUUAAUUUACAAUUUUUGCCAACCUGCUCACUCAUACAUGGAAGGAAUUUUACGAAUAUGGAGGUACUGAAUAGGAGAACUGAUCUGUUAAGCUUUGAUGAUGUAAUAGCUACCUCAGACAACCUGUCGCAUCCCACCGCCACGCGGCCCAAGAUGCCCGGCCGCAGGCUGCCCACGCGCUUCAACUGCGGGAGUGCUGUGAGUAUCCUGUGCACAGGGAGGCUGUGA